UUAAUACUUGUGCCGAAAGAAUUUUUGUUUAUUAACAAAUUAAAAAUGGUCUUCCAAAGUAAAGAAAUUUUCUUACUGCCAGCACUAUUAAUUUUCGUCGUUGGAGAAAGUGCGGUAGAAGAAAAGGGAAGAAACGAAUCCAUUCCUGAUUAUGAUAUCUGUACUCUUUACGAUCAUUCAAAAAGUCUUAAUCGUUUGUUGUUCCAAAAAAAUUACAAACCGUUAGUAGUAAUAAUAGCAGAUGAAUUUAAUAACGGAAUUAACAGAGUUAGAAAUAUACCUCAGAGCAAGAGGAUUUUACCUAAUUACUUAAUAAAAGUCAAUCCUUCUCUAUUUGAGUUUCAUCAGAUAAUAUCUGAACAUUUUUACCUAUAUGAAGCUAAGAAUGUAUACUAUUUUGUCUAUCCGAUAAACAUUCUAGACAAUGUUUUCACCACAUAUUGUCAAAAAAUACUAUUAAACGACCAGUUGGGUGUAAUCUUCGAUUUUGUUGACGUAAUAGAAGAAUACCCUUUUUUAAAGAUAUUCUAAUUCCUUUAAAUCCAAGUUACACCAAUUGCACUCUUACAGAAUAUGUUAAGCAAAAACUACAAUCAGGGGAAAGUUUUUCAGAAUUAAUUAAGCUACGUCACCAAUUGUUUGGAGGAGAAAAGAGUUACGUAGCUCAUUACGCAUUUAACAAUGAUGAUUUAUGUGAUUCGAUUGGAUUUAAAUCUAAUCUUGACAACGAUAGGUUUUUAAUGUAUUUUAACUCAUUGCUACAACAAAUCCAAAACAAUGGCAACAAUACAUUAACAACUGGCAACAAUACUAGUAAAAGGACAACUGCUGCAGAAAGAAGCCUAACGUGCUUUCAGUCAACAAAACUAAAAGUUAUACAUAAGAGUUUUACAAAAGAUACUAUAGAUGAAUGUCCUCAAACAGAAUUUCAAAUUGGAGUCGAUUACUUGAAUUGGAUUAACAGCACUAUAUCUUCGUUGACUAGUAUUGACAAUUCCUUUGGCGAUAUUUGCAAAAAUGAUCAUGAAAUAGAUAUCCUUAAAUUAUUUUGCUUUAUAAAAGAUUUAUCAGAUGUUACAUCCUAUAACAUAUCAGCGUGGAUAGAUACUCUAAAACAACUUGUCGUAAAACCAUUGACAAACCUAUUAAAAUUAUUCAACAACUUGAUAUUUUUGUACAAACAGAAAUAUUUUAUGAAAAGUGAAAUAUUUAUACUUGAACUUUAUAACUUAUAUGACAAAAUUUCUCAAGAUGUAAAUCUAAAUGAGGAUGUUAAACCCACUUUGAAGUUGUUUUUUUUCAGCAUCUUGUAUCAGGGAAAAAAUAGUUGCUUUACAUCUUUUUUAAAUAAUCCCUGUUCAAUUUACAAAUAUUGGAAAACAAUUGAUGAUCUAGUUCCUAAGAUGGAAUACAAGAGAUUAAUAAUAAUCGUAGCAGAUGAUAUGCUGACAGGGAUUUCGAAAUUCGAACAUAUUGAAGGCAGUAGAAUAGUUCCAAAACUAAAACGAGAAACACUACAUUAUACAAAACAAUUUGUGCACGAUGAAAUAAUGAAACAUAUUCAUCUGUAUCAAUUCAAAGAUACUUAUUUUUAUGUUUAUCCCAUGAGAACCGACAGACAUCAUAACGCACUGAUUACUUAUUUCGAAUUCAAGAUGAUUGACGAUUAUUCCAAAGUUCUAUUUUACUUUGUAAACUGUUCAAAUUAUUUCCCUUCUAUUCCAUUUUACAGUGAUGGUUAUAAUGAUCUAUUCAUUCUUUCGCCACCAUACAAUUGUGAAUUAUUAACAACAAAAUGUACGAACCGUUUUCUAAAUCUCAGAUAUUUCAUUUAUCUAUAUCAGAAAUUUUAUAGCCGUUACUCGAAAUAUUUUUCAAAACACGCUAUGUUUUACAAUAAAUUACCAAAAUUUACAUCUAAUCACUACGCAGCUUUUAUUGGCAAUGAUUCUAUUGAAAAUUCACAAAAAUUUAAUGACUUUUUAAAAGAACAACAAAGUUCUAACACCUCAAAGAAUUUAUUUGAAAUUUUGCCAUGCCCAAAUAUGUGGACAUUAAAUAAGAGAAUCGAUAUUGAUUUUAGUAUGACAAAAAUGAUACAUUUUUCUAACCUUCGCAAUACUAUAAGUUCUGCUUAUAAAAAUAUAACAUUAAGAAAUGACAUGGACAAUACUAAUUUAAAAUAUUUUUGCAGCAAUACAAAUAUUUUUCUAUUUAUUAAUCUCUUUUGUUUUCUAAAACAAAAUUAUAUAGAAGGUAUGGAAAAAGUUCAUAAUAAUUCGCUUGAUUUUAUGUCUGUGAAAAAUAAUGUUGAAAAUCAGAAAAGAGAUAUUAGUGAAUAUUUGUUUAAAGCGUUACAGUGGAUGAACAGAUUGAAAAUGUUGGAUUACUCUGAUUAUAUGAAUAAUGAUACUAGAAUUAAAAAUGAAUUGCAAAAUCUUUACUCAUCAGGACAGAUAAAAAUUCUCUUAAAUGGUGUUGAUUUGUUUGACAAAAUCUAUCUAUUAGUAAGGGAAGAAAAAAUUUAUUUUGAAUGUCAACAAGACAGGUUUAACUGUUUGGUUCCCUAAUUUCUAUUACGUCAACUUUUCUGGUUGUAAA